AGGUAUAAAGUGCUCCUCCUGGAUCUUAUAGGAGCCCUCUUUCUCCUCUCUCGCCUUCCCCUCUCCUCCUUGCUCACCUCUCGCUUGCUGCUGGUGUCCAUUUAAGUUGGGGAGGCCCUGGAGAGGACACACAAUGGAGCGAAGAGCCUGUGGCAACUGGGCCGUUGUACUACUGAGAGGGGGAUGGGGUAGAGAGAGGACCGGUUCACACAGCUAACACAGCCUGCCGGCUGUUGGCUUCCACAGCCUCUCCUCCCCGCCAGGACCCACUGUUUCCAGGCUGGGGCAUUUUUCCUGGAACAGCCACUCUCAACUCCACUUGGACUACACUAAGGAUUACUCAGCGUGUUCUCUGGGAUUUUAGGAUACUGAGACUGAAGAAUAAAUCUCUCCUGUGUUUCGGAUGAGAGAAAAGGAAAAACAAACUCUUAGUUCUUUUUUACCCUCUCUUUGGUUUUUGGUUUCUGUUUCUGUUUCUGUUUAGUGGAGUUCAUAAAUGGAUUACAAGAUGCAUGCCAAGUCAAACGAUUUGCUGGAUUUUCAAAAACUGGAUGCCCUUCUGGAAAAAAUUGCACAUUCAGUCUCUGUGAAAAGAGAGUCCAGCGAGGAGUGCAAUGGGAUCAGUGGUGCUCUGUCAGUGGAGUCUGUGCCGGGGCCAAGACUGAACUGGUGUCCUGCCAACACCACUACUCCUGCCCCUGCUCCAGCUCCAGCUCCCGCUCCGGGGCCCGAGCCCACGCCCAACCCUGUUAGAAUGGGGGACGGCCUGGAUGCAGCGCAGAUGUCGGGCAGCAGCAGCAGCCAGGGGCAGGCCCAGCAAAUGGCCAACCCCUCUGCCCCAGAGGUCAUCAAUCCCAACAGGCCCAAGCGCCAGACCAAUCAGCUGCAGUACCUGCUCAAGGUGGUGGUGAAGGCCCUGUGGAAGCACCAGUUUGCCUGGCCCUUCCAUGCACCAGUGGAUGCAGUCAAACUUAACCUGCCUGACUACUACACAAUAAUCAAAACUCCUAUGGACAUGGGAUCAAUCAAGAAAAGGCUUGAGAACAGUUUCUACUGGAAUGCCCAAGAAUGUAUCCAAGACUUCAACACGAUGUUUACCAACUGCUACAUAUACAACAAGCCUGGAGAUGACAUAGUCUUGAUGGCUGAGGCACUAGAGAAGGCUUUCCUCCAAAAGAUCUCAGAAAUGCCUCAGGAAGAAACUGAGAUUGUUGUCAUGACAGGGAAGGGACGUGGUCGGGGCCGGAGAGAAGGAGGUCUGAGCUUGAAACCAGGGGCCAUCAUUGAUUCCGCGACUCCUCAAACACGGGGUCUGUCAAAUCUCUCGGCAGCACCACAGACCAGAGGACCAGUGCAGGGCCCUCCUUCACUACCUCCCCAGCCUUUGAUGCAGGCCCUGCCGUCCCACAUCCCAACGUUACCCAGCCAUGCACCACAGCUUGGAGCGCCCUACUCCCUGGGCCAAUCAGAUUGCGCUCAAGUUCCCAUCAUGACUUCUGUGCCUCCACCUGCUCAGACCUCCCUACCCCCAACAUCCAUCCAGAGCACUGCCCCAAUGCUGCAGAACCCUAUAACCAUGACCAAACAAAGAAAGAGCCAGAAAAGGAAAGCAGACACUACAACACCCACAGCAAACGACCAACUGAGUGAGUCUUCCCCAGCAGAGUCCAAGUCUGGGAAGACACUGCCUAGGCGAGAGAGUACCCGGCCCACAAAACUGAUGAAGAAGGAUGCACCAGACUCCCAGCAUCACAUAGGCAUGGGGAUGGGACUAAGCGGACCAAGUGGAGGUAGCCCCAAACCACAAGAUCAGCUGGGAUAUUGCGCUAGUCUGGUUAGGGAAAUGCUGUCCAAGAAGCACGCUGCUUACGCCUGGCCAUUUUACAAACCUGUCGAUGUGGACGCACUGGGACUACACGAUUAUCAUGAUAUCAUCAAACAUCCCAUGGACCUCAGCACCAUCAAGGCCAAGCUGGAGAAUAGGCAAUACCGGGAACCACAGGAGUUUGCUGCUGAUGUGCGAUUAAUGUUCUCCAACUGCUACAAAUAUAAUCCACCAGACCACGAGGUGGUGGCUAUGGCACGCAAGCUACAGGAUGUCUUCGAGAUGCGCUUUGCCAAGAUGCCAGAUGAACCUGAGAGCAAACCUCUGGUUUCUGCCCCAGCUCCUACACUUCACCACCCUGCCCCGGUUAAACCCCAGCCUCCCAUGGCCCACGUUGCCUCCUCCUCAGACAGCUCCAGUGACUCGUCCUCUGAGUCUGAGUCUUCCACAGAUGACUCUGAAGAGGAGAGAGCUCAGAGAUUGGCAGAGCUCCAGGAGCAGUUGAAGGCUGUCCACGAGCAGCUGGCUGCCCUAUCCCAGCCACAAGCCAGCAAACCAAAGAGAAAAGAGAAGGAAAAGAAAGAGAAGAAAAAAGACAAGCAUAAGAAGAAAGGAGGCAUGCCUGGCCUUGUAGAUGAGAUCCAGGAUGCUACGCCUGUUCCGCAGCUCUCUAAGAAGACCAAGACCAGUAACAACAACAACAAAGAGGUUGUUCCCAAGAAGAAACCCAGUAAAAAAGAGGGGAUGAAAAGCAAUCAUCCCUCCAACCUGCAGCCUGUUCCCAGCCUGGAAGAUGAUAUAGGGGCAGCUGGGUCAUCAGCUACAGGCGAAAAGUGCAAGCCUAUGACGUAUGAGGAAAAGAGACAGCUAAGCUUGGACAUCAACAAGCUUCCUGGUGACAAACUUGGCCGCGUGGUUCAUAUUAUCCAGUCCAGAGAGCCUUCGCUAAAGAACUCGAACCCUGAUGAGAUCGAGAUCGACUUUGAGACGCUUAAGCCCUCCACUCUGCGUGAGCUGGAGAGAUACGUGUCUUCCUGCCUCCGCAAGAAGAAGAAGGUUGCAGUUGAGAAGCCUGUGGAGACCAUGGCUACCUCCAAAAAGACUGGAUCUUCUUCAGAGAGCAGUGGCUCCAGCUCAGAUAGCGAAGCUGAGGGGACAGGAAUAAUAAAACCACAAAAGAAAAAGGGCCCAUCUGUGAAGGAGGGGAAGAAGACGCAUCCUCAUGGUCAGAGUGGCCCUGUGCAGACAGGGCUUCAUCCCCAAACUGCAGGCUUUCAGUCCAGCAGUCAGAUGAAGCAGCAUCAGCCAUCUCCUGCAGGCCUUAUGGCUACCCCUGUGACUGCUCUGGAGUCUUCCCAGAUACUGGAGACUAGCUUUGAAUCCCUGCCGCAUUUCGGCCAGCCCCUCAUGCAUCUGUCCCACCACACAGGCAACUCCUCCUCACCUCCACCUCCACACCUCAACGCUCAUUCUGCUGGGCCAGUGUCCCCUGAGACCCACCCCUUCCUCAACCAGCAUCCCGUCCUCCCAUCUCCAGCCUUGCACAUCUCCAUGCCUCAGCAGCCUUCGCGACCCAGUCACAAGGCAGCACCUCUUCAUCCCAAACCCCCCCAGCAGCAACCAGCACCUCCUCAGCAGCAGCCAACUCUGCAGCAGCAGCAGCAGCAGCAGCAACAGCAACAACAACAACAACAACAACAACAACAACAACAACAACAACAACAACAACAGCAGCAGCAGCAGCAGCAGCAGCAGCUCCCCUCUCAGAUCCUUCACCCUCCUCAGCCCCUGCAUCAGCGGCCCAUGUCACCCCCAACACUCACACCCCAGGGCUUGCUGUCUUCCCAACCUCCCCAGGUGCUGCUGGAGGAUGAUGAAGAGCCAGGGUGUACAACGCCUUUGAACCAAGUACAGUUAUACCUACAGCAGUUCCAGCAAACCCGUCAGCCCCAGCAGCCCAUGCAGUCGCUCCAGGCGCAGGCUCGUCAGCAGCAGCAACAGCCAGUACAGACUUCUCUCCUGCAGUCUGUCCAGGGGCAAUCUCAGCUGUCGUCUCAGACCGCGCUGCCUCCUCCCCAACUCUCAGUUCAGUCCCAGGCUCAGGCAGCCCCACCACAUCAAGCCCCGCCCCAACAGAUUCCUCUUCACCAGGCCCGCCACAUGCAGCACGCUCAGCAGCAGCAACAGCAGCCACAACAGCAGCAACUGAACUACCAACAGGGUCCUGGACUAGCUGGUCAACCCCAGGGAUCACAACACAAAGUCUCCAUGCCCACUAACAAAGCACAGCAGAUAAUCCAGCAGCAGCAAGAGCAGCCCUCCCCUCGCCCGACCAAGGCUGACCCUUACAUCACAGGUCAUAUGAGGGAUAACCCAUCACCUCUCAUGAUGCAUUCCCCACAACUUCCCCAAUAUCCACCUGUGACUCACCAGUCUCCACCUCACAACAUGCAGCCCAAAAAGCAGAGGGCUCCUGGGAUCCAAGGUGGGUUAAAGGAGGAGAAACUUCCUCCAUCACCAGUAAUGAGAGGAGAACCAUUUAACCCUGCUAUGAGACCGGACCAUCACAAACAUCCUGAUAACAAGCCUUCUCAACCAGGCCACAGCCAACAGAAUGUGAAGUCCAUGGACAGCUCACGGCCUGUCAUCCGAUCCUCUGAGCCCAGUGGACCGCCCUCCUCCCUGCAAGACAAGGAAAAGUUCAAGCAGGAGUCCAAGGCGCCCAUCGCCCCCAAAAAGGAUGUGAAACUGAAGAAUAUGGGCUCAUGGGCCAGCCUGGCACAAAAGUCCACAUCUGCGCCCUUAUCUGCAGUAAAGUCAUCGAGUGACAGUUUUGAGCAAUUCCGCCGCGCCGCCCGGGAGAAGGAGGAGAGGGAGAAAGCCCUGAAGGCCCAGGCCGAGCAGGCAGAAAAAGACCGGCUACGCAGAGAGCAGGACAAACUACGAGGUCGGGAUGACGAUGACAUCAUGGAACCGAGCAGAAGGGUGCACGAGGAACCACGCAGGCGUCUGGAGCAGCAGCACAUCCAAGCCCCUUCGCAACAACAGCAGCAGCAGGAGCCUCAGCCGGCUGCGAUCCAGCAGCCUCCUCAACCCCCCACACCGCCUCAGCCCGCCAUACAGAACCCACUAGACCAACAGAGGGAGCUAGCACGCCGCCGAGAGCAGGAGAGGAGGAGGCGAGAAGCGAUGGCAGCAACUAUUGACAUGAAUUUCCAAAGUGACUUAAUGGCUAUCUUUGAGGAGAACCUGUUUUGAGGAGAGGAGCAACUGAAACGAAACUGCAAAAAAAAAAAAAAAAAAAAAAACCCAGAAAAAAAAAAGAAAAAAACUCGGAUGAUGUAAACUUGCUCUAAAGAGAGAUUUGGCGACUACACAUCAGAGGGACGCGGAGUUUAUGUAGACGUGACGGGCCCUCGGAGACUGAGUUCAAACGCUGGACGGUGGGUCGCAGCUUGCUUUGCCUCCCCACCCACCCCCCCGCGGACCGAACAUACACAACAAACGGGGAUCGUCUCAUCGUUGCAGAUGUCAUUUCCCGGGAAUCUGGCAUUGCCUGCGUGAUAUCUCAGCCAGAGAGAGAGGGGACCCAUGUUGGCACAGUUGCCUUUUGUCACACUUUAUUCUUACAGUGUGCGCGGGCACAAUAAUAAUUGCAAGAGUAAAGACAUCCCAAUAACUAUGAAAAUGCUCUGAUAAUGUACUGACAGACUGUGCAGAGGUGUUUUGAAACUGCCAGAUGUCUUGAGGUGGUGAAGAAGACUGGUCUUUUAUGUUUUGUUAUGUUUUUUGUUUGUUGUAAGUGAACACAUGAAAUGGUUGGGGGUGGGGCGGGGUGGGGGGCAACUUCCAUACUGUAAAUCAUGUAUAUUUCUCUGCAGAGAAGGUACAGUUUGCCUUACACCUCUUUCCUAAAAAGACCAUUAUGUUCCGUGGCCUGCACUCAUGGAUAAACCAGUAACAUUUACAACCAGGAGUAGGAGCAGUGCAGACCUUUUUUCAUCAUCUAGUAUCUACUGUAAAGAAGUAUUUUCUUAUACUACAAUAACUGUUUAUUUUGGAUUUCUUUUUUUUUUUUUCUUUUUUUUCUUUUUUUUUUUGCUCUUUAGGUCUUUGAAUCGUCACACCAACACACUCCACCACCUAUGUCUAUGCCAAAUGACCCCAUUAUCUUUUAUGCUCAAUUUCUUGUCCUAAAACAUGGUAGGUAGCUAGUGAAAAAAACAAAAAAACAAAACCCUGAAUAUAUGCAUUAUCAUAGCUCCAGCAAGUAUUUAUCAAAGACAGAAUCAGUUGAAGUUUUCAUCCCGCCUUGUGUUUUCCCUGUAAAGCUACGACAGGAAGCAGAAAAGGGCAAAGGUCAGCUGUUUCUGAGCUUUAGUUGGAAAUAUGAUUUCACUACAAACGUUGCACCAUUAUUUGUAUUACACUUAGAAACAUAAUGUCAGAAAAAUGUUCAUAUCAUUGGCCUGUUCGCAACAGUCACACUACUGGAUCAGUUCAGAAAAGAGAAGAUGAAGAGCCCCCUUUUAUGUCCCUCUUUUCAGCACAGUGUCGGUGCGCUCUGAUCUUAACCUAAAGGUUUCGAUCAAAUGUCAUCAGGCAGGCGACAGGAAGGGGAGCAAGACAAAACAUUUACCACCUUUCUGUAGCUGUAACUUGAAUCAGGUUAUUAAAAAUAGUCGAAGGGACCGGAAAGGAGCUCCCAGUUAGUUUUUGUCUUCUAAUUUCACUCGAGGGCACACAGUACAGAAUAAAAAAAAAGACAAAAACGAUUACAAGUUAAGAAACGGAAAAACGCUGAAAAAACAAGUUUUGCUUUAUAUCUUUGUUCUUGUUCGAUAAUAGUGGAUGUGAGUUAUAAUUCUGUUUCUCGGAGACGACGUUUGGAGCGGGGAUGGGUUGAAAAUCCGAAGGCAUCUCGUCCUCUCCUCUUGUCUCUUAUGGUGUUUUUUCUCCAGUGCCUGUAUUGUAUUGCAGUUCUCGUUGGCUUAUAUUACACUUCAAGGUG